CCUAGAUAAAUGAUACUAGAUUUCAGUUGUCUGUGGUGAUAUUUGUUUAUUGUUUUCAUUUCCAUUUUCUAGAUUUUAUUUAGCCUAAUAUUUUUAAUGCCAUACAUUUUAUAAGAAAAUAAUGAAAUGUUGUCAUAUAAAUAUAAGAAAGGCAAGCUUUAUUUUACUUACAAUAGUGGUAAAUCGGAUCCAAAUGGCUGAUAAUUUAAUGGAUCAGCUUAUAAAAGGUCAAAACAACACACGAACAGAUGAGGAAGAAAAAAAACCGCUAGAUUUAGUCCUCCAUUGCCCUUUAAGUCACGAAGUGGAGUGUAAACAUUUAAACAUACCAUGUAUAAAAUGUGAACUGAAUGCAACAUGUCAUUAUGGCACUACCAUAAGUGCAACCUGUCACAAGAUAACAGAAAUAAAUUGUAAAGGUGCAACAAAGUUCCAAAAAAAGUUUAUAUGUAGAUAUUGUUAUCAAACAGAGCACUGGGAGCAUACCUGUGAUUUAAAGGCAAACUGCAAUUCGAUAUCUUCGCCUAGAUCAACUUACAUUACAAAUUGUACAGUAAAAGAUGAUAUUUUAUGUUUAGGUCAUAGAACGUUUAAUAAAAAUGUAAAAUGCAAUUGGACCGGUGGUUAUCGAUGGACUACUGCUCUUGCAUUAAGUAUAACUCUAGGUGGGUUUGGAGCUGAUCGUUUUUAUCUAGGCCAUUGGCAGGAAGGAAUAGGCAAAUUGUUUAGCUUCGGGGGUCUUGGUGUAUGGACAAUUAUAGACGUAAUACUGAUUUCGCUACAUUAUUUAGGACCGGCCGAUGGUUCUCUGUAUAUUUAACGUACGUUUAAUUAAACAAAGCCAUGAUAUGUAAUGUAUAUAUUAUUAAAUAAAUAAGUUAUUUAUUC